CCCCCCGCGCCGCAGAACCGCGACAACUACAUCCGCUCCUGCAAGCUGCUCCCCGACGGCCGCAGCCUGAUCGUGGGGGGGGAGGCCAGCACCCUGUCCAUCUGGGACCUGGCGGCCCCCACGCCCCGCAUCAAGGCCGAGCUCACCUCCUCCGCCCCCGCCUGCUACGCCCUGGCCAUCAGCCCCGACGCCAAAGUCUGCUUCUCCUGCUGCAGCGACGGCAACAUCGUGGUGUGGGACCUGCAGAACCAGACCAUGGUGAGGCAGUUCCAAGGCCACACGGAUGGAGCCAGCUGCAUCGACAUCUCCAACUACGGCACCAAGCUGUGGACGGGGGGGUUGGACAACACGGUGCGCUGCUGGGACUUGCGGGAGGGGCGGCAGCUGCAGCAGCACGACUUCAGCUCCCAGAUCUUCUCCCUGGGGCACUGCCCGACGGGCGAGUGGCUGGCGGUGGGCAUGGAGAGCAGCAACGUGGAGAUCCUGCACGUCACCAAGCCCGACAAAUACCAGCUGCACCUCCACGAGAGCUGCGUCCUCUCCCUCAAGUUCGCCGCCUGCGGGAAGUGGUUUGUGAGCACGGGGAAGGACAACCUGCUCAACGCCUGGCGCACGCCCU